AACCGGACCCCGACGAGGAGAAAGACUGCCGCCGCUGUUCCACUCCUCGAUUCACCACACCAACAAUGGCAGCCCGCCUGAUCCCCCCAUCCCUGGUGGCCUCGCUGUCCUCCCUGCGGAUAGCACCCUCCUCCGCCAUCGCCGCCCGCAGCUUCAGCACAUCCAGCACCCUCACCUCCGCCGAAAAACGCAAAGCCUUCAACCCCUACGCCGCCGCCAUCUCCAAAAAGCGCAAAGAAGCCAACCUGCACCGACAAGCGGAGCUGAGCGUGCAGCGCGCCUCCACCGCCGUGGACCCCGUCGUGGGUCGCCCCACCGCCUUCAUCGAGUCUCUCGAGACGCCGCUACCGCCACCCCCCUCCCUCGACGCCGUCCUCUCCAGCUCCACCGCCACCCCACUCACGCAGCUAAACCACUUCAUCACGCCCACGGAGCUGCCCCACUUCCUGUCCACCAGCAAGCACCUCACCGCGCCCGUCCGCUCCAGCGUAGACACAUACAUCGACCCGGAGCUCGCGUCGGCGCACUCCGCGCGCCACGACCGGGCGGUCGAGGCGAUCAAGCGCAUCCUCUCGCUCGCCAACGGCAGCUCGAAGGACCGCACACGCAGCAACACGCAGCUGUGCAUCGACACGUUCGGACGGCACGUGACUGACGGCGCGCUGCCGCGGGACCCCGGGGUGCCCUCCGCCGCAGAAACGGCAAAGACACCGCGCGCGGGGCCAGAUACCGGUAGCAGCGAGGUCCAGGCCGCGAUCCUUACCGUCAAGAUUAGGACUCUGGAGCAGCAGCUGCAUAGAGACGAUGGACAUCAGUCGAAGGAUAAACAUAAUAAGCGUAACCUGAGGCUCAUGGUGCAUCGCAGGCAGAAGCUCCUCAAGUACCUCAAGCGGAAGGAGAAGGGCGGCGUGAGGUAUAGGAAUGUACUCGAUGCACUGGGAUUGGAUGAUGCGGCGGUGAUGAAUGAGCUUUUCUUAUAGAUGCAUGCUGGUGGUUCAUAGCGGAGGGUGUACUUGUACAAAAUAGAUUUCGGAUGGGAGAGCAAACAUAUGCCAUCG